UCCGAUCCCAGAAACCUCUUGAAUGGUUAAAAUGGAUCUGUCUGAGAAAAUUUCAUUCAUGUUUCUAUUGUUUCAGGUUGUCUUGUCUGGAGUUGCAGGACAAACAAAUAACCUUAUUCACCAGAAUAAUAAUGGCCUUUCUUAUGGUUUCUACGACCAGUCUUGCCCUCAACUAGAGACCAUUGUUCGAGGUGCUACCCAAACGUUCCUCCUCUCCGAUCCCACCACCCCCGCCGCCUUGCUAAGGCUCAUGUUCCAUGACUGCCAAGUUCAGGGGUGUGAUGCGUCUAUACUUAUUGAUUCAUUCCAAUCGGAGAUGCGGUCCGGUAAGAACUUUGGCGUACAAAAGAGGGAGGUGAUAAACGCAAUCAAGUCGGUGGUGGAAGCUGCGUGCCCGCGGCGAGUCUCCUGCGCCGACAUUCUCGUAUUAGCGGCUCGCGACUCGGUUGCGCUGUCCGGAGGACCGCCGAUUGAUGUUCCCUUGGGCCGUAGAGAUUCCUCCGAUCCUCCCGAUUAUAGGUUGGCCGACUCUUUGCUCCCUCCGGCCACCACCGGAGUCGACGACAUGCUCCACCUUUUCGGCCAGAAAGGUCUCACCGUUGAAGAAUCCGUCGCCAUUAUAGGAGCCCAUACAAUCGGAGCAACGCAUUGUGUUAACGUUCGGAGACGUUUGUUCGAUUCAAAGGCUCAACGGGGGAGUGAAGUUCCGGCGGACUUGGCGGCGUUGCUAAGUUUGAACUGUCCGAUGGGAGCGUCAAGCGCGAACAUCUCCACCGUGCCCAACGACCGCACCUCUCUAACGUUUGACAACCGCUACUACGUUAACGCCGUGAGCGGGCGGGGAGUCCUGAACAUUGACGCCGCGAUGCCGAUCGACCCGCGGACCGCCGGCCACGUCAAACGUUUUGCGGCCAACGGGGAAGAGUUUUUCCGGGCUUUCUCGUCGGCGUUCGUCAAGCUUUCUUCUUCGAAUGUUCUUACUGGGAAUCGCGGCGUGAUUAGGAGGAACUGCAACACAUUGUAUUAGGAAAACGUCAGUCACAAUUAUUAUCUUGUGACAUUUACUUGUUACACAAUUAUUAUAUUCUUAAUUGUUAUUAAGAAGUUAUGGUUUAUGAAGAUUAUUCAUGUAUGUUUUAUUUUA